AUGGCGGACGUCGACCCGGGCUCCGAGCCGAAGCACAUGUCGGGGGUGCCCGACACCCCCGGAGAUGCCCCCAAUGCAUCACCCCCGACCUUGACAGCGGACAAGCCGACGUUGCCCGAGAAAACGCAAUGGCAAGAAAUCAAUGAGGAAGAGCGCUCAGGAGAUCAGGAGGGUCAAAAGGACCAGGAUGAUCAAAAAGGCCAGGAAGAGCCAGAGCUUUCGUCUGAUGUAGCUCCAGAGGUCCCCCCCAAGGACACCGAGCGCAGCCCCGAAACCGAAUCACCGGCCAAAACAGAUGCGCCCCCCGAGAUCCAGGAACCCGUACCGGAGGAGGACAAUGCUCCCGAGACCAGGAUGCGAUCAGACUCGCGGUCUACGACGGCCACGGUAACCACGCAGCGAUCAGGCGCAGUUAGCUCCACGGUCUUUAUCGUGACCGCCCUCGACUCGAUCGGUGCCUCGCGGGAAGCACGGAGGAGCAAAGAGCUCGAUGAUGCAGUACAAGUGGCCCUGACCAACGUCAAGCAGUCGGAUCGGCAGCCAAUCGACCCCGAGCUCAUCUUUCGUCCCUUGCACCUGGCGAGCAAGUCCUUUAGCAUUCCGCUGCAGGUGACCGCGCUGGACUGCAUCGGCAAGCUUAUCACAUACUCCUAUUUCGCUUUUCCCUCUGCCGAGACCGAGAACGAAGCCAGCCCAGAACAGCCGCCCUUAAUCGAGCGCGCCAUUGAUGCCAUCUGCGACUGCUUUGAGAACGAAGCCACUUCCAAUGAAAUCCAGCAGCAGAUCAUCAAGUCCUUGCUGGCGGCAGUCCUGAACGACAAGAUCGUGGUACAUGGAGCGGGUCUCCUGAAAGCCGUUCGUCAGAUCUACAACAUUUUCAUCUACUCCAAAUCCAGCCAGAACCAACAAAUUGCUCAAGGGUCACUCACUCAGAUGGUCAGCACAGUGUUUGAUCGUGUGCGUGUGCGGCUGGAUCUUAAGGAACUGCGGGCUCGAGAGGUUGAGAAACUCUCAACAAACUUGGAUGCCUCAACGAGUGACCAAGGUCAAAUAUCCGAAGCUGCAUCGGUGUCCGUGGCGGACCAGCCAGUCACCAAAGAGCCCACAGAGAAACUCACUCUGCAGAGUUUCGAAUCACCCAAGGAAGUGACCAGUGUCAAUGACAAUGCGCCCACUAUGGUUACUCGCGCGAAGAUCUCCCGGUCGACGACUCGGUCUUUGUCAGGCAUUCCCGAAGAUAAAGAAGAAGAUGGCUCUGCCGAGGAUGAAGUGGAUGAAAUUUAUGUCAAGGAUGCCUUUUUGGUGUUCCGGGCUCUCUGCAAGCUAAGCCAUAAGGUUCUUGGCCACGAACAACAGCAAGACCUCAAAUCCCAGAACAUGAGGUCGAAGCUACUCUCACUGCAUCUGGUCCAUUAUCUUAUCAACAACCACACUGCAACCUUCACCUCUCCCCUGGCAGCGAUCAAGAAUAGCUCGAGCAGCACGGAUGCCAUGACCUUCCUCCAGGCUGUGCGACCACACCUCUGUCUAAGCCUGAGUCGAAACGGCUCCAGCGCCGUGCCCCAUGUCUUCAAGGUGUGCUGUGAGAUUUUCUGGCUGAUGCUCAAGUAUAUGCGAGUCAUGAUGAAAAAAGAGUUGGAAGUGUUUUUGAAGGAGAUCUAUCUGGCCAUCCUGGAAAAGCGGGCUGCUCCCUCGUUCCAAAAGCAGUAUUUUAUGGAAGUCCUGGAGCGCCUGGGUGGUGAUCCGCGUGCGUUGGUGGAAAUUUAUCUCAACUAUGACUGUGAUCGGACGGCACUCGAGAAUAUCUUCCAAAAUGUGAUCGAACAACUUUCACGAUACGCAAGUGUGCCAGUUGUCACAAGCUCCAGCCAGCAGCAGCAAUUCCAGGAACAUCACAUCAAAAUGUCGAGUGUUGGGUCGGAUUGGCACCACCGCGGGACUCUGCCUCCUUCGCUCACAUCUGCCAACAUAAUGACCCCUUCACAGCCUACCAUCCCCAGCCUCCCACCGGAAUACACCCUGAAGUAUCAGGCUCUAGAAUGCCUCGUGGAGAUGCUCCGGUCCUUGGACAACUGGGCUUCGCAGCGCCCCGAAGACCAGCCCGCUCAGCCCGCUCCUCCAUCUAAAUCCAUGGACAAUUCCCGAGAAUCUAUGGACACCAAUGUGUUAAUAUCCCCGCGUCCGGAAGCUGUCGAGGGCGGUACGGGUCGGUCCACGCCCUUGCCCGAGGACGACCCGAACCAAAUUGAAAGGGUCAAGCAACGCAAAAUUGCCCUCACCAAUGCUAUCCAGCAAUUUAACUUCAAGCCUAAACGUGGCAUCAAGCUCUUCCUUUCAGAAGGCUUCAUUCGCUCAGAUACACCGGAAGACAUUGCCACGUUCCUGUUGCAUCACGACCGCCUGGAUAAGGCCAUGCUGGGCGAAUACCUGGGCGAGGGAGAGCCGGAGAACAUUGCUAUCAUGCAUGCGUUUGUUGACAAGAUGGAGUUUUCCAAGCGGCGCUUCGUGGAUGCUUUGCGCGGAUUCCUACAGCACUUCCGACUGCCUGGGGAAGCCCAAAAGAUCGAUCGAUUCAUGCUCAAGUUCGCCGAGCGCUACACAACCCAGAAUCCCAAUGCAUUUGCCAAUGCCGACACCGCUUAUGUGCUUUCCUACUCGGUGAUUUUGCUCAACACCGACCAACACAGUGCCAAAAUGAAAGGGCCUCGGAUGACCAAGGAAGAUUUCAUCAAGAACAACCGUGGCAUCAACGACAAUCAAGACUUGCCUUCCGAGUAUCUUGUGUCAAUCUACGAGGAGAUCGCUAGCAACGAGAUUGUUCUCGAUACCGAGCGAGAGCACGCGGCGAAUCUCGGCCUCCAGACCUCCACCCCGACUGGGUUGGCGACCCGCGCGGGACAGGUGUUUGCGACCGUUGGGCGUGACAUUCAGGGCGAGAAAUACGCGCAGGCCUCCGAGGAAAUGGCAAACAAGACCGAACAACUGUACCGCUCCCUGAUCCGGGCACAACGGAAGACAGCGGUUAAGGAUGCGCUCUCGCGGUUUAUCCCCGCGACCUCGGACCGACAUGUCGGGUCGAUGUUCAAUGUGACCUGGAUGUCUUUCUUGUCCGGGCUGUCUGCGCCGAUGCAAGAUACUCAAAACCUCGAAACAAUCCGGCUUUGCAUGGAAGGUCUCAAGGUGGCGAUCCGGAUUAGUUGCGCGUUCGAUCUAGAGACUCCUCGAGUCGCAUUUGUCACUGCACUAGCGAAAUUCACCAAUUUGGGUAACGUGCGAGAAAUGAUGGCGAAGAACUUCGAGGCCCUCAAAGCAUUACUUGACGUUGCGCUCACCGCGGGUAACCACCUCCGGGGUUCGUGGCGGGAAAUUCUGACCUGUGUCAGCCAGCUGGAUCGGCUACAAUUGUUAAGCAAUGGUGUGGACGAGGGUUCUUUACCAGAUGUCUCCCGAGCUCCUAGCACGAUGGAGAAUUCCCGUAGGUCCAUACAGGGCUCGCGGCGACCUCGUCCACGCUCGGUCAACGGACCUACAGCUUUCCGUGCGGAGGUCGCCAUGGAGAGCCGAUCUGCAGACAUGAUCCGUGGCGUGGACCGCAUUUUCACUAACACUGCCAAUCUAUCGCAUGAAGCCAUCAUCGACUUUGUGCGGGCACUCAGCGAAGUCAGCUGGCAGGAAAUUCAGUCCUCUGGACACAGUGAUUCGCCGCGAACAUACAGCCUGCAAAAGCUGGUCGAGAUCAGUUACUACAACAUGACUCGAGUUCGCAUCGAGUGGUCCAAGAUUUGGGAGGUUCUGGGUCAGCAUUUCAACCAAGUUGGCUGCCACUCCAACACCACUGUAGUGUUCUUUGCGCUGGACUCGCUCCGUCAACUUUCAAUGAGGUUUAUGGAGAUUGAGGAGUUGCCUGGCUUCAAGUUCCAAAAGGAUUUCUUGAAGCCCUUCGAGCAUGUCAUGGCGAAUAGCACCACUGCUGCCGUCAAGGAUAUGAUCCUCCGAUGUCUGAUUCAGAUGAUCCAGGCCCGUGGCGACAACAUUCGAUCGGGCUGGAAGACCAUGUUUGGCGUCUUCACGGUUGCAGCGCGCGAGCCUUAUGAGGGAAUUGUGAACAUGGCCUUUGACCAUGUCACCCAGAUUUAUAACACCCGAUUCGGAGUAGUGAUCACUCAGGGUGCAUUUGCGGAUCUGAUUGUUUGCCUGACUGAGUUCUCGAAGAAUUCGAAAUUCCAAAAGAAGUCCCUGCAGGCCAUCGAAACGCUCAAGUCCACAGUUACUAAAAUGCUGCGGACUCCGGAAUGUCCCCUGUCCCAUCGUGGCGCCGCAGCAGCGAACUUCCAGGAUGAAGGGACUAAUCUCGCCAAACAGCUUACUCGCCAGUCACAGGAAGAACAAUUUUGGUAUCCAAUUCUCAUUGCAUUCCAGGACGUCCUCAUGACUGGCGAUGACCUCGAGGUUCGAUCACGGGCCCUCACGUACCUCUUCGACACUUUGAUCCGCCAUGGUGGCGAAUUUCCUCGGGAGUUCUGGGAUGUUCUCUGGCGGCAGCUGCUCUGUCCGAUCUUUGUGGUUCUACAGUCCAAAUCAGAAAUGUCCAAAGUACCUAAUCACGAGGAUCUUUCGGUCUGGCUGUCUACCACAAUGAUCCAAGCGCUGCGGAACAUGAUCACACUUUUCACACACUAUUUCGAUUCGUUGGAAUACAUGCUGGGCCGGUUCCUGGAGCUUCUCACUUUGUGCAUCUGUCAAGAAAACGACACAAUUGCCCGGAUCGGCAGCAACUGUCUGCAACAGUUGAUCCUGCAAAAUGUCACAAAAUUUCAACAAGAGCAUUGGACCAAGAUCGUUGGGGCCUUUGUUGAGCUCUUCAGCAAGACCACGGCGUACGAACUGUUUACGGCUGCGGCGUCGAUGUCGAAACCGACAGAACCUACCAAUGGGGAUGUUCCCCCGGCCCCAGAAUUUGUCCCUGCCGCAGAAGUGCCGGAGUCACUGGACACAAAUGGAUCCCAAAGUACGACAUCUCUCCAGGAGGAUGGAGUUCCCCCUGCGCAGAGCGAGGCGCGCGCCGAACUGGAAGACUACCGGCCGCAAGCAGACCAACAACCACAGCCCGCGGCCGUCACCGUGACGCGGCGUCGCUUCUUCAACCGCAUCAUCACCAACUGCGUCCUGCAGCUGCUUAUGAUUGAAACGGUCCAUGAACUUUUUUCGAAUGAUAAUGUCUACGCGCAAAUCCCGAUUCAACGAAGACAAGGAACUACGCAUGCAGCUCUGGCGCCAGGGAUUUAUGAAGCAGCCCCCAACCUGCUGAAGCAGGAGAGCGGUAGUGCUGCUACUUAUGUGCAUAUUCUCUUCCGGAUGUACCAUGAUGAGCGAGAGGAACGGCAAAGCAGUCGCGCUGAGACCGAGGCUGCGCUCAUUCCACUCUGCGCGGAUAUCAUCCGCAGUUUCGUCCGUCUCGACGAAGAGACACAGCAUCGCAACAUAGUGGCCUGGCGUCCAGUGGUGGUGGACGUCAUUGACGGAUACACCAAUUUCCCACAAGAGGGCUUUGAUAAACACAUUAACACCUUCUAUCCGCUUGGUGUCGAACUGCUCGGCCGCGAUCUCAACCCGGAGAUCCGCGUUGCUCUACAGUCCCUCCUGCGACGGAUCGGCGAGAUUCGUCUGGGUGUUGCUCCGCCUAACCCCCUGGACGCCCCGAUCAGCCCGCGCAGCUCUAUUUCCCAGAAGGGACCACGCCGCGAUAGCCACUGA